CAUUUGUUGAAACCAAAUUUUAACUCAAAGGAUGGAUACAAAAACAAUAUGCUUUGAUGAGUCAUGUGAUUCGUCAUCUAAUAAUAAGUUGAUGAUGGGUUCACCUAGAAAAUUCGAAAGUUUCCUUCAAAACAUAAAAAAUCUAGAAAGGGAAUUAAUUGAUACUUUUAAUGAGUUUGAUGCACUUACACAUGUAGAAGUUGAAAGUUCAAUAUACUCAGAAAAGAAUCCGUCAACGGAACUUUUGAAGGUUUUACAAAAAGUUGGCUUGAAUUAUGAAGAUUAUAUAAAGACUAUGAAUGAUUUGGAAAACGACAAAGAAUCUGAAGAUGAUCAAAUAAAUAUGGAGUUGGACAAACAUAUUUUAGAAGAAACUACUGAUCGAUCUAAGAAGCCAUACAAAAAAGAUGUUCUAGAAGUAACCAGGAACACACUGUCAGUGCAGCCAUCGAUUGAGUCAGAUAGUGCCAGUACAGUUGUAAACAGUCGGUCAAGCAUUGAAAUUGUGCACCAACAAAUAGAUAAAGAAAUAAAGUAUAAGAAAGCCAAUGAAAAUCAGUUUGAUAAUUCAGUCAGCCCAGAUAAGUCUGCUGAUUUCAACUCUGAAGAAGAGUAUAUCAAAGAUCGUUUGCAAGAAUUAGAAAAUGAAAUGAAAUCUGAACAAGAACGUUUAAAACGUAUUCAACAAAUUAAAAAUGAAUCAUUUAUGCUUACUUCAAAUGACCAAUUCCCACGUUGGCGAUCUUUGCUGAAUAUUGAACAAACGAGUUUAAUAACAAGAUAUUUACACGAUGAAUAUAAAAGAAGACCACAAUCUGCCAUUGAACAACAUUCAAAUUUCGGAAAAGUUUGUGAUAGAAAUAAGUUACUCGAAAGAAAUCUUGUUUAUUAUUAUUUCACUUUACCUGAUGAAGAGAGAAGCUGUUGCUUUCCAUUUUUAGACAGUCAUUUACAGAAGAAGGUUGAAACAGUUAGCGCUAAUUUAGAAAACAAUUUGGUAUGUAAAAUCGAAGAGAUUGGUAAGCUACCAGCUGUUGAAACUCCUGUCAAUGCUACUAAAUUCGUUGUUGAAGAUGAUGAGGCUUCUUAUCUUGGUACCUCAAGUUUUUUGACACUAGCCAAUGAAAUUGGAUCCGUAUCUCACGUAUCGCCUUCAGCUUUAAGUGAUUUAGAAGAACUAGGUGUGGUGAGCAUAACUAAUGAGUAUAGUACAGCUGUGGCGACUGACUCAUUAAUAUUUCAAAAUGUUAAUGAUGAAACUGAUAGUAGGUUGGCAGUUGAAGUACCUGACAGUCAUAAUGUGACCACAGAGCGAGCUGAUGAGAGAGAAGCUCCCCUUGAUCCUUCAACUGAAACAACAGUAGAGUUGGUUGGUGUCAACGAUUUGACUUAUAAAUUACCGUCUAGGACGUCUUGUGCUACGAAAAUAUUGCAGGAGAAUUCAAAUGAUGAUUCCGAUUUAGUUUCUGAGACUGUCGCAUCAGGAUUGGAAAAUUGCAAUAGCAACUUUUUGAGAUUGAAUAAUUCUCCACAAAUUGUACAAAAUGGUAAAUUAAUUCAAACAACUAAUCUGAUGCAAUCCAUUAGCGAACAAAUUCAUAAUUUAAAUUCUCAUAAUACCAAUGUUGCAACAGAAACAUCUGUUGUUACGAAUGAAGCAAUAUGUCUCAACUUGUUCAAUGUUAAAUUUGAAGGCACAAACUUCAGUAGUAUAUCAAAAUAUUUCAAAUUUUUAAAAUUUCUGAUAAUAAAUGAAUGUGAUUUGAAAUCAAAUGAUCUUAAAGCAAUAAUUCAACUGGAUAAUUUGGAAUUUUUGGAUGCUAGUAGAAAUCAUCUGAAUACAGUGAACCUAAGUGAAAUGAAUUUGUCCAAGUUAACUAUAUUGAAAUUGGCACACAAUAAAUUGACUAAACUUUCCGAUAUAAUGGGAUUAUUCCCUAAUCUUUUAAUACUAGAUAUUUCAUCAAAUUAUAUUACAACUUUGGAUAUACAAAAAUUGAUAAUUUCAUUUCCUAAACUCUAUCAACUGUCGGCAUCAAGUAAUCUCAUAACCUGUGUACAAUUGAAGUCUUCGGAAACGAAACGGAUUAAUGAGAAUCUUAAUAUGUUAGAUUUAUCAGAUAAUGAAAUAACUGCUAUUGACAAAGAUUUAAUAUCAGUUACAAAUGUUACUCACUUAAAAUUAUCAUCCAAUACUUUAAAUAAGCCAUUUGAAACAGGAAUUUUUGGAGUUUUGUUACAAGAACUGAUAUUAGAUCGCAAUAAUUUAACAUCAAUAAAUUGGUUGAGUGAAAGUUGGUUACCAAAUCUUAUUUUUCUGAAUGUGAGCCAUAACAGGAUAAGUAAAUUACCUAUACUACCAUUUCCAUUGUUGCAAAAGCUUAUAAUCAGUCAUAAUUUGAUACAUGAAACUGAAUCCGUCAUCAAAGGAACAAACUUUUUACCGCGUAAUUGUGUGUUAGAUAUUCAAUCUAAUCCUUGUACACUAAAUCUGAGUUUUUUAGAAACUAUCAGGAAAGAGUUUCCAAACACAAUAAUUACCUCUCAUCAAGAUAACGAAUCAACAAUAUCAAUAAUGAAAAAUCAUGAAUUACAAACUAUUAUUUUCAAUAAAAGCAUUUGCCAGUGUUCACAAUGUAAUUCUUUGAGAAUAUCAUGUGAACAAUACUAUAAAGAAUAUAAAGAAUGUGCAAACUGUUUAGACAAAACAUUUGAGUGUAUUAAUGUUGAAGUUAAGAAUCAAGAAUUGAUGUGUUUGGAUAACCCAAUCACACAUAGUCAUAUAUCAUGUCAUUUAAAUUCGAACAAUAGUCUUCACUUGGAAAAUCAACUUAUUCAAUUUAAUGAUCAAAAGAUUCUGUUCAAUGUUUUUUCAAAAGAAAAUCAAUGUUCACUAAUGUAUCAAUAUGUAAAUCUAGUCGGAAAGAUAUCUGAUUUGAAAAGAAAACAAGACACUCUUUUAAAGUUAUAUUUUAAUGAAAUCAAUAAUAAAGUGUCAAUCAAAGAUACAAAAAAUGAUUUUCAAUAUAAAUUUCUAACCAAAGAAUUUAUCCAUCAUUUUCUAAUGCACACGAACCUGUAA